AUGUUAAGCCCUCAAGCACCACCACCUUCAUGGGAUAGUCCUCCAAGACCAUCCACUUUGAAGACAAAGAAGAAACUUCUUCCUACCUUGAAGCAGCCGACCUGGAGACGUCUAGCCAAGCCGCAUCACACCAAGAAGAAGUAUGCGCUGGAGCACAUAGAUCACUUUGACAAUCUUUGUGAUUCCUAUGGAGUUUUUGACUUUGAGAAGAAGAUGAUGCUAUUCAGCACAUCACUAGCUGGACCAGCACUAGAUUGGGCGCAGCAUGAGCCACCUCUACAAUCGAGUCAUGGAUCGAUUUUAGAGAAGCUUUCUUGGAGAUUUGCAAGGAACCACCUUUCAAAUCCAAAAUGUGCAAAGGAGCAUCUAUGCAACUUUGAGCAGCUUUGCCAUGACUAUGGACUUGGAGACAACCCCAAGAAGAUACAACUUUUCCAACUAUCACUAGCUGGACAAGCCAAAGAAUGGGCUAAGUUCAAUGCCCAACAUGCUUUCAAGACUUGGAAUGGAUACAAAGGAAGCUUUCCUCACAGAUUUGCCAAAGGUCCUGUUUAUGUCCCACCACCACGCCCAAGCUAUUCACAAUACCAUCCAUCAUCACCAGACAUAAACAAGACACCACUUUUCCCAAGGGAGAGCUAUCAAGCUGCGCGCCAAACCAAGAUUGAAGAUAUGCUUCAAGAGUACUUGAGAAAUCAAGAAGAGAGUACAAAGAAGAUGGAGAGAAGAAUCGAUUUCAUCCAUGAGAGCCUUGGAAACAAAUCUGAAGUCCUAUUCAAGCAAGUGAUCAAGCUUGAUGAAGACAUUAAGAAGUUAAGAGAGGAUCAUGAUCGAUCUUUGACCCUAGUUAAGCUUGAUGUUGCUUCCAAAUAUCAAGAGUUGCUGAACAAGAGCAUGAGAAUUGAAGAUACUAGCUAUGGCAAUAGCAAACAUCUUGGAUCAAUCUACAACCGCCUACAAGCCCUUGAAGGAUCAUCUCAUGCCAAUUACAAGAGAGAGAGGAGUCCAACACCCAACCACCCUCCCUUUUAUUGCAAUGCCAUCACAAGAAGAAGCACUACUCAAGUCCAUGAGGACAAUGAAGAAGAAGAAAGAGAGUAUGAGGAACAAUUGAAUGAUGAAGAUGAAGAGCAGAGCAUCGACAUCAAUGCUUCCCCAAAACAGAGCAUGGAUACACCAGCCCUAGAGACCCUCGUUUCUCACCAAGAAGUCAAGCUUCUACACUUCAAGACUGGAAGCAAUGCAAAGACCAUCACCACCUACUGA